UGCGGUCGCGAACAAAGGAGCCGGGCGCCGCCGCGGGGACCCGCCACCGACCUCCCGGGCCGCGCCGGGGCCCUCCCGCCCGCCUCCCGCCGCCACCAUGACCGCCAACGGCACCGCCGAGGCCGUGCAGAUCCAGUUCGGCCUCAUCAACUGCGGCAACAAGUACCUGACGGCCGAGGCGUUCGGGUUCAAGGUGAACGCGUCGGCCAGCAGCCUGAAAAAGAAGCAGAUCUGGACGCUGGAGCAGCCUCCCGACGAGGCGGGCAGCGCGGCCGUGUGCCUGCGCAGCCACCUGGGCCGCUACCUGGCGGCGGACAAGGACGGCAACGUGACCUGCGAGCGCGAGGUGCCCGGCCCAGACUGCCGCUUUCUCAUCGUGGCGCACGACGACGGCCGCUGGUCGCUGCAGUCCGAGGCGCACCGGCGCUACUUCGGCGGCACAGAGGACCGCCUGUCGUGCUUCGCGCAGACCGUGUCGCCGGCUGAGAAGUGGAGCGUGCACAUCGCCAUGCACCCGCAGGUCAACAUCUACAGCCUGACCCGCAAGCGCUACGCGCACCUGAGCGCGCGGCCAGCGGACGAGAUCGCCGUGGACCGCGACGUGCCCUGGGGCGUCGACUCGCUCAUCACGCUGGCCUUCCAGGACCAGCGCUACAGCGUGCAGACCGCCGACCACCGCUUCCUGCGCCACGACGGGCGCCUCGUGGCGCGCCCCGAGCCCGCCACCGGCUACACCCUCGAGUUCCGCUCGGGCAAGGUGGCCUUCCGCGACUGCGAAGGCCGCUACCUGGCGCCGUCGGGGCCCAGCGGCACGCUCAAGGCGGGCAAGGCCACCAAGGUGGGCAAGGACGAGCUCUUCGCGCUGGAGCAGAGCUGCGCCCAGGUCGUGCUGCAGGCGGCCAACGAGAGGAACGUGUCCACGCGCCAGGGUAUGGACCUGUCAGCCAAUCAAGACGAGGAGACCGACCAGGAGACUUUCCAGCUCGAGAUUGACCGCGACACCAAAAAGUGCGCCUUCCGCACCCACACGGGGAAGUACUGGACGCUGACGGCCACGGGGGGCGUGCAGUCCACUGCCUCCACCAAGAACGCCAGCUGCUAUUUUGACAUCGAGUGGCGUGAUCGGCGGAUCACACUGCGUGCGUCCAAUGGCAAGUUUGUGACAGCCAAGAAGAACGGGCAGCUGGCUGCCUCGGUGGAGACAGCAGGGGAUUCGGAGCUUUUCCUCAUGAAGCUCAUCAACCGUCCCAUCAUUGUGUUCCGUGGGGAGCAUGGCUUCAUUGGUUGCCGAAAGGUCACGGGCACCCUGGAUGCCAACCGCUCCAGCUACGAUGUCUUCCAGCUGGAGUUCAAUGAUGGUGCCUACAACAUCAAAGACUCCACAGGCAAGUACUGGACAGUGGGCAGUGACUCAUCGGUCACCAGCAGCAGCGACACCCCCGUGGACUUCUUCUUCGAAUUCUGUGACUACAACAAAGUGGCCAUCAAGGUGGGCGGGCGCUACCUGAAGGGGGACCAUGCAGGGGUCCUGAAGGCCUGCGCUGAGACCAUCGAGCCAGCCACGCUCUGGGAGUACUAGCCCGCUGCCCAGCGCCCCAUCCCCGCCCUGCCCACACCCUUCUGCUAAUAACUCUCUUCUCCAGGCGGGCUCCGGCGUGGUGACGAGCCCCUUGCCUUUCAAACUGGAAACCCAGCAAGAAUGGUGCCCCUACCUGUUGCCCCGGGCCUGGCCCUCGGAGGGAUCUCAGACCCUUCUGUCCUCUCUUCUCUGCUGUGGGCGAGGCUGGCACCCCUUUCUUCUGACCUCAGACGACUCUGAGCCUUAUUUUCCCAAAGUGGCCAAGAAGAGUGGGGGGCUGGGUGCCUGGCGGGUGUGUAACUGGAAUCUCCUGCCCCCUCCCGAGAGCCUCUGCCCCCACUUCCCAGGAACUGGGCCAUCGGGGGCCCCCCCUGGUGCACCUUCCCUGUGUCUGGGGAAGGCCGCGGGAAGGAGGGGGUGCAACCAGCGAGCGCCUGCUGCUUGCUCCUCUGCACCAAGCAGGCUCACCCUCCGCACAUCCUGCUCUGGCCUGGGGCCCUGCUCUCUCUCCUUUCAUCCUGGCCUGACUGGAAGCAGAAAAUGACCAAAUCAGUAUUUUUUUUUUUUUUUAAUGAAGAAUUAUUGCUGGAAGCACCCAGGCAAGUCUCGUGGUAGCCGCGAGCGAUCUUCAAGGGGUCUUGUGGAGGAGUCUUGAAACAGCAUCUCCAGGAGUCGGUGCUCUCCUUGUUUGCUAGUUGUGGGGGGACAGGAUGCUCCCCUGAGUCCAGAACCUGCCCCUACCUCCCCAGGAGGCUCUCGCUGGCCCCCUCCUUCCUGCCUGCCUAGGCCUCUGUCCCCAUCUGGUGGUGCUGAGUCCCCUCGCCGCCUCAGCCAGAACCCCCGGUGUGAUCGGUGCUCCCGUCCGACCGGACUCCUCGGGUCUCGGGGUGGGAUGAAGCUGGGCGUCGCCCUCCACCGGGAGCCCCAUGGGGAACCCCCAGGCCCCUGGCUCCCAGCCCUGCCCCUGCCAGCCCCCCCUACCAGUUCAUCUCUGCCAUGCAUCUCACUCUGGGUGUCUUGGUCUUUUAUUUUUUGUAAGUGUCAUUUGUAUAACUAAACGCCCAUAAUAGUAGCUUCAGACUGGAAAAGCAAAAUAAAAUAAUGCGAGUGUGCAGCCCA